AGAGUGAUUCAUGACUAAAAAAAAUAUACAAAAAUAAAAAUAAAAAAUUGUGUAUGACAUCAACAUCCGCUCUAUAAAAAGAGCCUUGGUAUUUUUUUUCUCUCUCUUUUUGCCAAGAAAUGAAAUUUUUUGCAUUAUCCUUAGUUGUUUCCGCUGCUUUUUCAGUUUUUACUGAUGCGGCUAUUACAAAGAUUCCUAUCAAAAAGGUUCAUGAAACAGCAACUGAAAAGUUACAAAGAUAUUCUCAUACUGGAGAAUAUUUGACUCAAAAAUACUUCAACUCUCAACGCAUGAACCAACCUAUGCAAACAUUUCAACUCAAUCCUGAUGGAGGUGCUGACCAUGGCGUUCCAUUAUCAAAUUAUUUGAACGCUCAGUACUAUGGUGAAAUCGCAAUUGGCACUCCUCCUCAAACAUUUACCGUUGUGUUUGACACAGGUUCAUCUAACCUUUGGGUUCCUUCCACACACUGUACUUCUAUUGCUUGCUUCUUACAUAAACGAUAUGAUUCUAGUCAAUCAAACUCAUAUGUUAAAAAUGGUACAGAGUUUGCUAUCCAGUACGGUACUGGAUCAUUGGAAGGCUUUAUCAGCCAAGACACUUUGUCCGUAGGUGGUAUUCAAGUUGAAGAUCAAGGAUUUGCUGAAUCCGUUAAAGAACCUGGAUUUACUUUUGCCUUUGCCAAGUUUGAUGGUAUCCUUGGCUUGGGUUAUGAUACCAUCUCUGUCAAGCAUACCGUACCCCCCUUCUAUCACAUGGUCGACCGAGACCUGGUAGACGAGCCCCUCUUCUCCUUCUGGUUGAACGACGCUAAUAAAGGUGAUGAAGACAAUGGUGGUGAACUCAUCUUUGGUGGUGUCAAUAAGGACCAUUACGAAGGUGACAUUCACUGGUCUGAUAUUCGUCGUAAGGGCUACUGGGAGAUCACAUUAGAAAAUAUCAAAUUUGGUGGUGAAUACGUCGACUUAGACCCUGUAGGUGCUGCCAUUGAUACUGGCUCAUCAUUACUCAUCGCUCCAACUACUGUCGCUGCUCUGAUCAAUAAGGAACUCGGAGCUGAAAAGAACUGGGCUGGCCAAUACGUCCUCGACUGCGCCAAUGUAGCCAAUUUGCCUGAAUUCUGCUUUGUUUUCAAUGGCAAGGACUUUUGCUUACAAGGCAAGGACUACGUUUUAGAAGUUCAAGGACAAUGUAUCUCCGGCUUCAUGGGUAUGGAUAUUCCUGAACCUGCUGGUCCUCUUUGGAUUGUCGGUGAUGUCUUUUUACGUAAAUUUUACAGUGUUUACGAUCUUGGAAAUAAUCGUGUCGGUUUAGCUCUUGCUAAAUAACAAUGCUUUAUUUUCUCUUCUUUUCAAAUGCAAAUGCUAAAUAAAUGCCAGCUGUCUCCCAUUCUUCCAUGCUCAUCUCUGCCUUGUCGCCUCCGACAACACCAAUACGUUCGAGAAGUCGAGCAUAGUCGGGUUCCUUUAGUGCAUUGACAUAAAAGUCGUGAAAGUUUUCUUUAUACUUGAGUUCAAGUCCAUAUUCGUUUGCUAGCCUAUACACAAUAUUACCAUCUCUACUUC